AGGACGUGGGACGUUUCGGAAGGUAUAACUCCAUGUGAUUCAGUGAGUUCGUUUGUCGGCAGCUACAGCUUCUUUCCCAAACACUCACACGGCCACUGCGAGGGGAAGGAGGCGGACGACCUCUAGGCUGGGGGAUAAAAAAAACAGGGAUGCGCCGAGUGAGGUGCUAAAAUAGCCACUGAACUUCAUUUUGGAGGGCAAAACGUCUCAGUACAUACACAGGACGCCACGACAGGUCUGGCAUCCACGGGCUGUUUCUUCUGUUCCACCUGAAUGUGAGAUAGGAAAGCAAGUGAAGGCAGGAAUUCAAAGCCAUCGCCAUGGAAUUUGUUAUGAAGCAAGCGUUGGGAGGGGCCACCAAGGACAUGGGCAAGAUGCUGGGCGGCGAAGAGGAGAAAGACCCCGAUGCUGAGAAGAAGGAGGAAGAGAGACAGGAGGCCCUGAGGCAGCAGGAGGAGGAGAGGAAGGCAAAGUAUGCGAGGAUGGAGGCAGAGAGGGAGUCGAUCCGACAGGGAAUCAGAGAUAAGUACGGCCUCAAGAAGAAGGAAGAGAAGGAGGCGGAGGCCCAGGCCGCCAUGGAGCAGGCAUCUGAGGGCAGCUUGACCCGCCCGAAAAAAGCGGUACCUACCGGCUGCGGUGACACCGAAGAAGAGGAGGAGGGAAUCAUGGAUACCGUCAUGAAAUACCUUCCUGGGCCACUGCAGGACAUAUUCAAUAAAAAGUAACACAGUUAGCACUGUUAAAGUGCCAAUCUUUGAUUUAUAUACCUUACCCACUGCUCCACACUGCCCCUACAGACAGAAUAUAACACAGCAGUAUCCAUAUUCCCACAUUUAGUUUGUAAAUAGCUUCUAGUUUGAAAUAAUUAAAAUAAUAUAAAUACAUAUAUAAAGUUGCUAAAAGAAAAUUAACUAAGAGUAUAAGCCAUACUUUUAUCUUUAAUACUCAAAAUCAUAUAACCGAGUCAUUAGUUUUGUUCUUUAUAUUAUUCAUAUACACAUGCAGUGUGAAUAUAUAAAUAUAUGUGUCGUUAUGAACCUCCCCUGUUUGCAUAAACAGAUGUGUCCAUCCAUUCCAUAAACAUCAACGUGACAGCUUAAAAUAUUGAAGAAAGCUUUAUCAAAAUGAUGUUUCUCAAGCAUGCUGACGGUGUCGUGAUUACAUUUGUAUAAUUUAAAUUUCAUUUUUCUUUGCCAUGUAAAGAAUUAAGGCAAUAAUUCUGGUUUUCAGUUGCUCUCAUACUGACACGUGCCACAGUCGUCGUGCAUAACAGUAAGCGUUAGUUCGAAAGCUCAUCCACUGCGCACGGAGGAGUGCGUCGUGUAAAUAGCCAGGACAAAAAGGCUUGGCGUGGACAAGCCUGCUCGUCUCAAUGCUCGUUUCAAUGUCAAAAGACUAUACGUGCCAUUCGUUAAAUGCAAGCGAUGCUAUCAGGAUUCUCGAAAGAAUAGAAUCAAGCUACUACACAAUUGGAUCUAGAGGGCUAUAUAUAUUUGGUUUUUCAUAAAUGUAAAUACAGAGCUGUUUAGUGUUCUGUAGCGUAUUAUUAGUUUUAAAAGGAUGCUGUGUGUAUACUUUGUAAAACAGACAAUGACCACGGUGCAAUAUUGUCCUUAAUGAAGUUGUCCUGUGUCCGUUGGUUAAUUAAUGGGAAUGUGAUCCCACAUCAGCAAUAACAGACAAUCUUCAUUGCUGUUCGUGCUGCUUAAUAAGUAGAGUCUGCGCUCUGAUAUGGUGUUGUCUUCCACGUGCUUUAGUCUUUAUUGUAGAGUUGGGUUAGAGUGUCAGAGGACACGUAGGAAUUAAAUUACAGUGACAUACAGUUAACUGAAUCUUUAAAAGCUUAGUUAGCUAUUCCUUUUAACGAUAGUCAGUUUUUUCGAAACGCUCUAUUUAUUCAUUUUUAUAAUGGAUCCGGCUCUGAUGUUACAUUUGCAAAAGCAGUGAAAAAUAAAACCCAUAACCGAUCGUGACAGGAAUGGUUCUAUACUUUUAUUUUGUGAAGCGGAAUAAUUAAAUAAUUGAAAAGUUUUCUAUGCAUAAGUCAACAGCAAAGUCAAAUUUAUUCAUAAAGCGAAUUUAAAAUCAACAUUUGUUGACCAAAAUGCUGUUCAGGCUCACCAAAAGAAAUGGUAAAAGGAAGAAAAAAAUUAAUAUUAAUGAUAAAAUUAAUUAAUGAAUGAAAUUUAAAAAAUGUGACACAAGGGCAGAUAAAAUCAUUACAGUAUAAAUGUAUCAUUGUAAAUUUAAAAAUCUGAGAAUGAUGUAACAUCAGAGAAUGUAGCCCCCUCCGUUUUCGUUGCUGAAUAUGAUUCUUUAUCUCUAUUUUUGCACUUUGCAACCAUGUGACUAUAUAGAUAAUUCAAGAUAGUACAAUGUGAAGAAAACGUGUGCAAUUGUGAUGUCACCAUUAACAUAAUUAACAUAACAUAAAACAUACGCCUUUUAAACAUUUAUAAGUAACUAAUGAAUUAUUUGACCUAAAUGUGCCGAAUCACGCCAUUCGAGAAGCUGUUGUUGUUUUUUGAUGCUUGU